GAUAACAGGAUACCAUCAUCAUCAUCAUACCAUUUUAUUAGACAGACGUCCGGUUGUAUAUCCCAUAGCCCAAGUAUUUAGUCCGUCGCUUUCACCCAAUAGCCUAGUUAAUUUUAGAUUCCAUUCUCUCAAUAGUCCUUACACCCUGGUGGGUUCUGCCUCUGCGUGCGUCCCAUGACACGGGCAAAGUCAGCAUCCGUUCGGUAUUCGGCUACGUGUUAGCUUCAGUUCCGCGCAUGCUUCCCAAAUGUCCGGAACACCAUUGUUCCAUUGUGAUGGGUAAGAUAUACAGUAAAUAAAGUAUCAUUUACUUUUUCCACACAAAAUACUUAAUUUUAUGCCGGUAAAGUAAACUGCAAUGUAAAUGUGAACUUUCCGUGUUAAUUCUAACAUUUGACCUGCUUUCAAUUUAACGAAAUUACCGAACAGCCCGUAUAAGCAUUUGCAUGAGACCUUGUUUACGUGAAACCUUAUCAUAGCGCAGCGACCUCUUCAGGGAGCGGUGAAACAACUCAAAUGCAAGCGGAAACGACCAAUCUCGAUGACAUCAUUACCACGGUUUCAAACAGUUGUCAAGAUUAAAUACUACCCACAAUAUAUUUUUCAUAGAGUUUCCAUCCCAGCACCAGCCCUACCAACCGCAGAGUCCAAGAUGGCGAUGAAGACCUUUAACCCCAUCCAGCAUAAGCUGACUCGCACCACGCACCAUUCGGUUCGCUUCACCAGCGAUGAACUACCCAAGUACAAGCCUCUCGAUUCUUCAGACUCCAGCCCUCCUAUUUUCGCGCCGAGCUCGUACCCCAACCAUGACUCGGGUGCGCCCAGCCCGGAAUUUCCUGCCAGCUUCCAGCCGGCCGCACAUCGCUUACGACAUAAUGAGCAGCGCAUCAAACUGCUUAACCAAAUAAAUACAAUCGUGCAGCAACGAGCAGAGCUUGAGUCAAAUAGACUUACACUCUCCACGCUUCUUGACGAACUGAGAAGGAAGCUGAAGAGGCGAGUAGAAGAGUGCCAUUCUGAGAAGAAGGAGAAGUUAAAGGCGUUGAAACAAUCAAAUCUGCGCCUUGAAAAAGAAAAGCUAGGACUGACCGCGGAGAUAGAGCAUGUGAAGCGCCAUCUGUUGAAAGAAGAGGCGCACCACGUGCAGCACGCUAGGACCGCAGUCGCGCAGGCGAUCCAAGGUGUGACAAAGGCGGGGCCCUCUGAUAGCCUCUUCAGUACGUGUUCGGUGUCCGAGCUGCCCAACCUCGUCAGCAGAAACGUCGCCAAAAACGCUCCUUCCCGUGCUGCUGACAGCAAACUAGCGGCAGCGCGGUUGAUGCGAGACAUUGCAGAACUUCGGCAGCGCGUGGCACAGGUCGAGAUCAGACUCGCGAACGAGCAGAGGCGUAAGCGGCAAGCGGAGCAAGACAUCGUUCGUCUACGCAAAGAGCUGUCCAACACGAAGAGUUGUAUCGCCUCUCUGCGACUCGCACCGCCGCCGCUGCGUAAACAGUGCUCCAAGUUCGCUUAAACUACAGACUCUUUGUCUCUUUUGUGAAAUAUUGUAUUAGUCAAAGUUUGUUAUGAAAAAAUAGAUAAAACCAGUAUUUCUUAA